AUGCAAUUUAAAUUAAGACGUUUUCUAUUCUCAGGUAACGAUAUGGAAAUGCUAACAGCUCGAUAUGCUAAUCGUGAAUUAUAUUGGAUAAAUGCAAAUCGUUUAAUUCGUCGUGCAAUAUGGACAAAUAAUCGAACAUGGAAUGUAACAAAUUAUUUACAAAUAAGCGUUGGAUCACAAAGAAAUUAUAUUCUUGGUCUUACACUUGACUGGAUAGCUGGAAAUUUAUAUUUUUCUUAUAUAACAAAUUCAUAUGGUCGUUUAGAAGUUAAUCGUCUUGGUACAGAUCAUCGAUUAANUUAUGUUCGUUAA